UGAACCCCAUCUGCCAGUCAUCUCUGCCAAUUCCAUUACCGACUGAGCCGGUCGAUCAGUGAACCCACCACCGCUUCUCUCAUGGUACCCAACAAAGAUUCUAUAACAAUACACUCUCAUUAGCACUGAGCUCUUGUUCUGUUUUUCUUGUGUUUCAGCUUAGUUUAUACCUCAAAGGCUUGGCCUCUGGAGACCCUUGAGAGGUGUUGAACACUAAACUAUCCAUUUGGGUGAGUUAUCAACCUACCAUCCACUUUUAAAAUCUAUAGAAAUGUCAUCGUUCAACGGGGAUGUGUCUCAGAAUGGAAAUACAAGACACAUGGAUUCCCUAUUUACUGUGGCAGAAAUUGAGGAAAUUGAUUUCUCAAAGCUUUUAGACAAACCUAAACCUCUGAAUAUGGAGAGACAACGAUCAUUUGAUGAGAGGUCACUCAGUGAAUUAUCUGUGGGAUUUUCUCCACGUCACUCAGCUCGACAUCCGGAGAACUCUUCCAGAAACUAUGAACCACCGGAAUAUUUAUUUUCCCCUUGUAGUAGAAGGUCAGUCAUUAGUUGUACUCCUAGAUCACAUGCUGGCUUUGAGCCACAUCCGAUGGUUGCUGAAGCAUGGGAGAAUUUGAGGCGUUCAUUGGUGUUUUUCCGUGGUGAGCCAGUUGGGACAAUUGCUGCAACAGAUACAUCUGAUGAAAAACUGAAUUAUGAUCAGGUGUUUGUGAGAGACUUUGUCCCCAGCGCAUUGGCUUUUCUGAUGAAUGGUGAACCUGAAAUUGUUAAAAACUUUAUCUUGAAGACUCUUCGUUUGCAGUCAUGGGAGAAAAAGAUUGAUAGGUUCCAGCUAGGAGAAGGAGUAAUGCCAGCUAGUUUCAAAGUACUCCAUGAUCCAGUCAGGAACACUGAGACAUUAAUGGCAGAUUUUGGUGAGAGUGCUAUAGGAAGAGUUGCUCCGGUUGAUUCUGGGUUUUGGUGGAUCAUAUUGCUUCGCGCAUACACAAAAUCUACUGGAGACACAUCAUUGGCUGAUCGACCUGAAUGCCAGAAGGGUAUGCGGCUUAUUCUAAGUUUAUGUCUUUCGGAGGGCUUCGACACAUUUCCAACCCUUCUUUGUGCUGAUGGAUGCUGCAUGAUUGAUCGAAGAAUGGGUGUUUAUGGAUAUCCCAUUGAAAUUCAGGCUCUUUUCUUCAUGGCUUUAAGAUGUGCUUUGCUUUUGCUUAAGCAAGAUGAUGAGGGGAAGGAAUUCAUUGAGCGCAUAGUAAAACGCCUUCAUGCCUUGAGCUAUCACAUGAGAAGUUACUUUUGGCUCGACUUUAAGCAGUUAAAUGACAUAUAUCGAUAUAAAACUGAAGAAUACUCACAUACAGCUGUCAACAAGUUCAAUGUGAUACCAGAUUCUCUUCCAGACUGGGUCUUUGAUUUUAUGCCAACACAUGGCGGUUACUUUAUUGGGAAUGUGAGUCCUGCAAGAAUGGAUUUCCGCUGGUUUUGCUUGGGUAAUUGUGUAGCAAUUCUUUCAUCCUUGGCAACCCCUGAACAAUCCAUGGCAAUCAUGGAUCUCAUAGAGUCACGAUGGGAGGAAUUGGCAGGAGAAAUGCCAUUAAAGGUUUGUUAUCCAGCCAUAGACAGUCAUGAAUGGAGGAUUGAAACAGGAAGUGACCCAAAAAAUACUAGAUGGAGCUACCACAAUGGAGGUUCUUGGCCAGUUCUGCUAUGGCUUCUCACUGCUGCAUGCAUCAAGACUGGACGGCCCCAGAUUGCAAGACGAGCUAUUGAACUUGCCGAGAGCAGAUUGCUGAAAGACAACUGGCCCGAAUACUAUGAUGGGAAAUGCGGUCGUUACGUCGGGAAGCAGGCUCGCAAAUUCCAGACUUGGUCCAUUGCAGGUUACUUGGUGGCCAAGAUGAUGUUGGAAGACCCAUCGCAUUUGGGAAUGAUAGCACUCGAGGAAGACAAACAGAUGAAGCCUGCAAUGAGGAGAUCAAAUUCAUGGACUUGCUAAUUUCAAUUGUUCAACCACUGACGACUGCACUAAAGCGUUGGUUUCAUGAUUGUGGGGAGCCAAGGACUACGACAUACUAGCUUCUUGCGAUCAUAAUAAAACAACAGUUUGCUUGUAAUAUCAUCUUUUCGUAGUACAGAACAUUUCUUUCCUUUUUCUCUUUGUUGUUUGUGAUGGAUAAACGUACCAUGUCAAGUUGAUAGCUUUUUAGGCCAAAGGUAGUGUUGUUUCAGA